AAAGCUAGUAAACAGAAGAUAGUCACAACAUCCAGCACGGAAGCAGAACUACUAUCCCUCUCACACACAGCAAAAGAAACUCUAUACUUCGACACAGGCUACAAAACAGCUAUACAAUACGACAAUCAACAGACAAUCCGCCUUCUUCAAGAAGCUUCUCUAAAGCUUACAACAAAACUCAGACACGUAGAUAUCUACUACCAUUAG